CGUAAUCCGCCAUGUCCGCAAAGCUGGGCACAUCUCGCUAUGAUAUAGUGCUAAGGUAGCACCUCGAGCGCCAUCAAUACCCUCUCAAGCUGCAAGACUCCAAGACUUUUGGUCCAGCAACCAUAAAACCACCUCAUUGUCCCUCCACCACGAAACCAAGCAACCUCUUCUCCUCGCCACACAGCCCGCAAUGCUCGCACCAGCAUCGUCAAGAAUACUCGCUCGUGCGCUUUCGUCGCGCAGCUUCCACGCUUCGGCUCGGCGUCUGAACGACUCUGCUCCCCUGCCUGCGCGGAAGCCCAUGGGCGCCUUCAGAGGAGGUCUUUUCGGCUUCUUGUUUGGAAGCGUCCUGGCCGGCGGUGCCGUCUACAGCUACGUCCUGCAGGAGUACAAGGCAUCCAACGAAUUGCUUACCGAGGAUAUCUACACUCUUCAAGCCUCCGUCACCCGACUGACAAACCACGUCAAGAUUCUCGAGGAGAAGAUCCAGCAGAAGAGAAAGUAAAGCCCGAAAAUAUAAAAACACAAAUAGCGCAAUGUCAUUAGGGAUGGUAUGAUACCAGCACUUCAACGCUGGUGGAAAAUACUGGGCAAACGAACAGCAUUAUGGCAAUACUUGUGUCCUUGUUUGUAACAACCUAACAAAGCCUCAAUUGUAAAUUGUACCUUACGUAUCUAGCCUUUGAAAUAUCUAGCACACGAAACAGCAAAAAAUGAGCCCAUCAUACGCUUCUCUACUCAACUCUCACGAUCUUCACGAUUGCAAAAACUUGUGCACUCAUUGGACGCAACAUCUUGUUUGAAGUUGAUGAUCAAUUCGAGUGCUCACAUCAAAGCAAUGCUUCAAAUGGGCGUAGAGCCAGUAUGCAAUUGCUAGUAGGUAUUUAGAUAGUCCAUAAACCAGCGCCGACGUUUUUCGUCAAGAAGCAAAUCCCACAAUUAUACAGUUUUUUGUUAUUUCAUUU